AAGUCGAGUAGCCCGCAAUGGUGGUACGUCAAUGGUGGAUGGCCGCUUACCCGUCCAUACUUGAAGGAGUCGUCGCUGAUGAAAUACUCGAUGAUCUCCGUUACAGUGAUGGCUCAGUUUAUAAACGAGGCCCAGUCAUUGGCGAAGGAGCCAACAGCAUCGUUUACGCUGCAUGCCGUCCCAACCACAAGACAACAUACGCACUCAAAGCCCUUAAGAAGGGCUGCAUGAGCAAGGCCAUACGCGAGAUCUUCAUCCUCAAGAGGCUCGCCGGCGGUCCAAACAUCAUCGAGUUCCACGAAGCCUUCGUCGACGGCAUCAGCAACCUCCCUGCGUUGGUCUUCAAGAUUGUUCCUCCCACGAGCUGGAUGGACAUCUCCCCAACGUUCAGCCAAGAAGACCAAAAGCGAUACAGCUUCCAAGUCAUCAUGGCAUUACAGUACGCACACUCCAAAGGCAUCAUCCACCGCGACGUAAAGCCUCAGAACAUCAUGAUUGACCAGGAGAAAGGCGAACUCCGUCUCAUUGACUGGGGGGUGGCCGAAGUAUACGUGCCGGACCAAGACUUCACCGUCCAUGUUGGGACCGGCUACUACAAGCCGCCAGAGAUCCUUCUCGGUCAACGUCGCUAUGACUACUCAUUCGACAUGUGGAGCGUCGGCUGUGUGCUCGCUGCUAUGGUCUUUCAAGUAGAAGUCUUCUUCAAAGGCACCGACGACGUGGAUCAACUUGCUACCAUAGUCGAACUCCUCGGCGGCGCGGAUCUGAGAGCAUACGCAAGCAAAAGCAACAUCCUGAUGACCCCAGAAGUUCUGGAAGUCGUAUCUACCUGCCGCACAAAGCGAACGAGGCUGGACUCCCUCACACGUCUCAGCGCCGGCCCAGGAACCUGCCUGCUGGUUGACCUCAUCGAUCGGCUGCUUCAAUAUGAUCCGGAAGAGCGGUUAACCGCCACCGAAGCGCUGAUGCAUCCCUACUUCGCUAGCCUCAGCGAAGCGCAUGCAUAGCCACCUCUUAUAUGGCUUGGAGGACUACCUCCUACCCCAUUCGCGAUGUAUUAUUAUGUAUUUUCCCCCAUGAUACCCCUUCGCCAAACCCAUUCCCCCUUUUGUACAUUGCUUCUUAACGCAUUCAUUACAUCACAUAAAGGCCAAGGAAUGAAAAUGCAUGGCAUCUGGAUGGCACAUCCUGAGAAGAUCUGC